AUUUUGUUACUUUAUUCGCGUGGCGCCCGUUAGGCGUCUCUCCUGCCACUCUUUAGGAUUUAGACCCAGCGGGAAACUAAGAGAAGGUUAAUGGGGCAGCUGUGGGUCUGAGGGUCGCAAAGAAGACUCGAGACGCAUGUAUAGGGGAAAAAGAAAAGUCAGUUUUGAAGUGUUAGCAAAGCAAAGAAGUUUUUACAUUACAAGGCGGAAGCAGAUACAGGUUGAAACGGAGGAGUACAGCAAGUAUCUGGGAAAACUCAGGAAGCUUGCUGUCUUUAGAAGCAGACCUCAUGUAAGAUGGAGCAAGCCUGGCUUGAGGCUACCCGGGCCUUCAUCCAAGAGACCAUUUGCCCAACUGACCAAGAGCCCGAUGUUCAUUUGACUCAGUUGGUAAUUGACUGUGUGAAGAGGAUCUGGUGUUCCCAGGAGAGGAACCAGGGUUUUGCACUGCCCCUCAACUACAGCUUUGCUUCAGUGCAGAAGCUCAGGAGCCACCAUCAGCCGUGCUGUAGUCACCUGUCCUGGAGCAGCAGUGCGUACGAGGCUUGGGCCCAAGAGGCCGAAUCAAGUGGGAACCCCCUGCCCCAAGAGCAGCUGUUGCUUUUAGGGACACUAACAGACCUAUCGCAGGACUCAGAACAAGAGAGCAGGGAUGGAAGCCUCUUUGUGAGAGACAACACUGGAAUCCUGGGCUGCGAGCUCUUAGGUUUGGACCUGUCUUGGCUGGGCCAUCUCUUCUUAUUCCCCAGUUGGAGUUACCUUCCUCCUGCCAAGUGGGAUUCCUCAGGGGAAGGGCACUUGGAGCUCUGGGAUGCCCCUGUGCCAGUGUUUCCUUUGAGCGUCAGUCCUGAGCCUCUCACGCCUCUCCCUGUGCUGUACCCACGGAUGGCAUCCCAGGUGCUUGGACACAGAAGUAAGCUCAGAAAUGCGCAGUCAAAUCUAGCCGGGAAGCUGGUCCGGCUGAGUCCUCUGGUAAGAAGUCAGCAGAAGACAUACUUCAUCCUGUCUCUUGGAGAACCCACCUCUGCCGCCGGCCAGGCUGUCGGCCAGGUGCCCAUCAUUGUGCAGGUCCCUGCCCAGCUGGUGUGGCACCGAGCUCUUCGGCCUGGCGAGGACUAUGUGCUGACGGAACUUCGAGUAUCCAGGAUCCAUGGUCACCGCUACCGCGUUUGGACGACCACUCCUGCCUCGAAUCUGGUGCUGCUAAAUCCAGAAUGUGUGCGGGAGCUGGAGCUGGGGCUGGAGCUGGAAGGAGCCUUGGAGGCGGAGCCCAAACCAUUCCCCGCACCCAGCAACUCCCAAGCUGGGAAAGGGCAGAAAGGUCUUUCCCAGGACUCCCUCCUCUUACAUUAUAAGGGAACAGUCACUGGUGUGCUGAACGAGCCCGCUGGCCUCUAUGAGUUGGACAGGCAGCUGGAACUCUGCCUGGCAUACCAGCAGUUCCAGGGCCUCAGGCGGGUGAUGCGACCCGGGGUCAGCCUGGAGCUCCGGGACGUCCAUCUUCUCCAGUUACUGGGUGGAGGGACAGAAAGGCCAGUGCUGGCACCCUGCCUCCACGGAGCUGUUCUGCUUCGGGCCUUUUCCUGUCAGAAGCCUGGCGCUCAGUCAUCCCACCAAGUUCACGGGGCCCCCUUGUAUGAACAGCUGAUAUGGAAGCACCAGUUAGGGCUUCCCCUCUACCUUUGGGCCAGCAGGGCCCUGGUGGAGCUGGCCUGCAAGCUGUGUCCCCACAUGCUGAGACACGGCCAGUUCCUGCAGCAUUCCUCUCCUGCACACCCCAGCCUGGGACUGCAGCUCCUGGCUCCUGCCCUGAAUGACCUGGCUCCACCCGGCAGCGCCAGGCGGAAUGUACACAGUGAGAUCCUUGAGGAGCCCCAUCGCUGUCCCCUCCAGAAAUAUGUUCGGCUGCAGACCCCCUGCUCUUUCCCCACCCUGGAUGCACUGGCAGCAGAAGGGCAGCAGAAGGCUUGGGCCUCCUUUGACCCAAAGGCCCUUCUGCCCCUCCCAGAGGCUGCCUACCUGACCAGCUGCCAGCUCAAUCAGCGCCUCGCCUGGUCCUGGUUCUGUAUUCGGCCCUCUGCUUUCUGUCCAGCCCAGGUUUUAGUUGGAGUCCUGGUGGCUUCAUCGCGUAAAGGUUAUCUGUGUCUUCGGGACCAAAGUGGUGCCCUGCCCUGCUUGCUCCUGGCCCAGGACUCUCAGCCUGUCACUGACUCUCGGCUCAUCGGCUGCCUGGUUCGGGCAGAGAGGUUCCAGCUGGUUGUAGAGAGGAAUGUCAAGAGCAACUUUCCUUCCUGGAAGGAGCUGGGCGUGGCAGACUUCAUCCAGAAGCAGAAGGCCAGAGUCUACAUCCAGAUCUUUCUUGCUGACUGCCUGAUCCUGCCGGUGCCCAGAUCUGCACCUCAUUCAGUCACUAGCCCAGCGUCUGCUCAGAUGGAGCCCUCCUGCCUCGAGCAGCCUCCUGAGGGACAGAGCCGGCUCUUCGUGCUGUCCCACAAGGAGACACUCAUGAAGCUGAAUUUUUGUGCGUCCUCAAGGGCCAGCACAGAGGUGCUCAAACCCACCUUCAGUUUCCAGGUGUCAGGGGUCUGGCUCGGGGGCACCCAGAGGAAGAUGGGGACUGGAUGGGGCCCACCUGAACCCCUGAAAGAGGAGAACAGGGACCAGAAGGUUCUCCUCCUCUUCCGCGGCUCCUCAGUCCGCUGGUUUGCGUUCUUGCACCCAGGGCAAGUGUACCGUCUUGUCGCCCCUCCCUCCACGCCAAUGUUGUUUGAGGCAGAGGGUGCAUCCUGUGUGUCUCGGCGUCCUCUGGAGUUGGCUGCUGGUGGGUCUUGCCUCACUGUCCAGGAUGAGUGGACCCUGGAACCUGAGAGCUCCCAGGAUGUGCCCGAAGCGCUCAGCCUGCAGAGGGCGCUGCCUGAGUCUUCCCUGCCCAGCCUGCUCAGUGGGAAUUUCACCGAUUCCUUGGUGUCUUUCUCAGCUGAGAUUUUGUCACGGACGGUGUGUGGGCCACUUCUGGGCCGUUGCUGGACAAAGCCUGGUAAUGACCUUUCCUGGGGGCAGGUGUGCAGUAGUGAUGGGACUGUGGUCCUGGCAGAUCCCUUUGGCCCCUGUCCUCCUGCAGGGAGCGCCCGGGCCCCGAGGAGGUGUGUGAAGCUAACCGUGGCGCUCGGGACUGCUCACUGCGAGUUCCCCCCGCACCUGGACGUGUAUAUGGAAGAGCCACACUUGCCCGUCCCCCUGGGGCUCCUGCCUGGAGCCCGCGUGCACUUCAGCCGGCUGGAGAAGAGGGUUUCCAGAUCCCACAAUGUCUACUGCUGUUUCCAGUCAUCCACUCAUGUACAGGUCCUGAGCUUUCCCCCGGAGACCACAGUGAGCGUUCCCCUGCCUCACAUCUACCUGGCUGAGCUGCACGGUGGACGGGCCCCCCUCCGUGCCACUGCGUCUUGCCACGUGGUUUCUGUCUUCAGCCUGGAGCUUCAGUGGGUGUGUGCCCAUUGUAGCAGCGUCUGUCUCCAGGGAAGGUGCACUCGUCAGGAUCCCUCCUGCCCCACUCAGACGUCAGUAAGCCAGGCCAGCAUCAGGCUUCUGGUGGAGGACGGGACUGCUGAAGCCAUGGUGACCUGUAAGAAUCAUCAUGUGACGGAAGCACUGGGGCUGUGUCCUAGUGAGUGGACCUCCCUGCUGGAGUCUGCCCGAGGGCCAGGUAGAGUAGCCUUGCAGUUCACUCGGCCUGGAGCCCACCUGGAGUCCUCCGCUGAGAAGAUCGGGCCCUUGACACUCUUCCUCAGGGCGCUUUGUACCAGCCCCGCUGUCCUCCGCCCUGUGGAGCUUUCUUUUGAGCUGGAGAGGAGGCCCUGUAAUAUUGGCCCCUUAGAACCUCCACGGCUCCAGCGGUUCCAGUGUGGAGAGCUCCCUGUCCUGACCAGGCUGAAUCCCAGGCUGAGACUGACUUGUCUCUCUAUCCGGGAGCCGCAGCUCCCCGGCCCCCUGGGGGCCCGUGCCUCCCCCUGUUGACCUGAACUGCACAGAUGGCCUGAAGUUUUUCCUGCCUGGGGAACCUCGAGGCCUGGGUUCCAGCCCUGUCCUCUUCUUGCGGCACCUUCUGUCACUGAACCUGGGCCCCGUAUCUCUUGGUUCACCAACUGCUACCCUACUGUGACUUAGACCAGUGCCAGGCUUCUGGGGCUGGUGUGGGAACAGCAAGUGGUGGCAGGGGACUCCUCCUCUGAUGGGGUCUGGACACCUGCACGCAGCUGGCAGUAGGCGGCUCAGCCUGCAGGACGGAAGCCUUGCCCCUCGGGAGGGUGCUGUCCCAGGCCCUGCGCUCCAAUAAAGCUCCCCGCGGCUGUUUCUCCUGUGCUCA